AUGUCCCAGCAUGGGCCCAUCUGCCUCCGAACUCAGAAGCCCUCUGCCUUCAAAUUGCCUUCAGUCAAGAAGUUUGAAGUUGAAUGUCUCAUACGGCUUUUCUAUAGCUUGGCGGGAUGCCCUAUUGGGAAGGUUGAUAACACCAAGCUGGACUGCAACGCAUUCCGAGGGGUUCUACAGAACUUUUUUGGAAUGACUAAUGAUGUGCUGAUGAAUAGGGUUUUCUUUGUAUUUGACAAAGACGGUGAUAGCCAUGUAAAUUUGCAAGAGUGGAUUAAAGGCUUGGCUGUGUUUCUCCGAGGGACUUUUGAAGAGAAGAUGAGAUUCUGUUUUGAAGUUUAUUAUUUAAGUGGAGAUGCUUAUAUUUCCCGGGAAAAAAUUUUUGACAUGUUGAAGAGUAGUCUCUUCCACAACUCUCCUGAAGAAGAGAACGAAGAAGGAAUAAAGGAUUUGGUAGAAAUAAGCCUGAAGAAGAUGGAUUAUGACAAUGAUGGCAAGAUCUCUUUUGAAGACUUUGAACAGGCAGUGAGAAAAGACGGUCUUUUGUUGGAGGCGUUUGGACCAUGUUUACCAGAUGCAAAGACCUGCUUUCAUUUCGAAGCUCUGGUGUUCAAAAACAACUCCCCUGCUAGUUUUGAGCACAACCCGCUCAACACUUGA